UGUUCUGCAGGGGCAGUGUUGGACAUUUGCCACCUCAGCAUGCAACGCAGGCGAGAGGCUGCCAGUGUCCAGAAGGAGUGGGUCAGGCUGCCAGUGUCCAGAAGGAGUGGGUCAGGCUGCCAGUGUCCAGAAGGAGUGGGUCAGGCUGCCAGUGUCCAGAAGGAGUGGGUCAGGCUGCCAGUGUCCAGAAGGAGUGGGUCAGGCUGCCAGUGUCCAGAAGGAGUGGGUCAGGCUGUAAAAGACACGAGACCAAGUCAACAGGCGUGGAGGUCUGGGACCAUCUCACCACACCUAUUUCUCUCAUGGUCUCAAGCUGAAGCUUCAAUAGUAAGAUGAGGUGUUGCCACUAAGUCAGCAGUUAUUCCAGAAGAAAAGAAAGAAGAGAGGACAUUUGAGAAAGGCAAAGCUGCGUGAGGAAAGUGACUCAUGUUCCAGGAGCACAGAGACUUGUCACAGUGACAAGAAGGAAUAGGUUUUCUUUCAUGAUGGACUGUUGAUCUCCUUCAUGGACUCUAAUAUUUUCUUCUUGAUCCCUUCUGACCACUGACCUGUGGACUUGUGCGAUCACCGUCUGCACUCGCUCUUUUGCAGGACUUUUCCCUCAACAUGUUGCCCUGCUUCCUCUUUUUCUUCCUCAUUUUCCCCGCAGCUCUUCUGGUGGCGGCACAAAGUGCUGCUGACCUGCAGGGCAUCAACCUGCCAGGUGGGGGCGCUGCUUUCAACCCAGGAGAUCUCUGCAUGGUGGUGUCUCCUCCAUGUUUGAGUGAGGAUGAUCGUUUCAGUCUGGAGGCUCUACUCAGCAUCCAUCAGAUGAUGGACGAUGACAAGGAUGGAGGAAUUGAGGUGGAGGAGAGUGUGGAGUUCAUCAUCGAGGACAUGAAGCAGCAGCAGACCCACAAACACAGCCACCUGCACCGAGAAGACCAGCACAUCACCGUGGAGGAGCUGUGGAAAGGCUGGAAGUCAUCUGAAGUCCAUAACUGGACCCAGGACCAGGUUCUCCACUGGCUCAGGGAGUUUGUGGAGUUGCCGCAGUAUGAGAAGAACUUCAAAGACUUCAAAGUCAAUGGAAACACGCUGCCCAGGAUUGCAGCCAAUGAGCCAUCCUUCCUGAGCAGUCAGCUGAGAGUUCAGGACCAAAGAGACAAACAGAAACUCAACAUCAAAGCUCUGGACGUGGUAUUGUUUGGAGCUCCCACACGGCCUCCUCACAAUUACAUGAAGGACUUGCUGCUCAUGGUGUCUGUGGUGAUGGGCGUCGGGGGCUGCUGGUUCGCCCAGGUCCAGAACAAGUCCAGCAAGGUCCACAUCAGCAAGAUGAUGAAGGACCUGGAGAGUCUGCAGAGGGCCGAGCAAAGUCUCCUGGACAUGCAGGAACAAUUGGAGAGAGCCCACGAGGAGAAGCGUAACGUGGCAGAGGAGAAGCAGAACUUGGAGGAGAAGAUGAGGGACGAGAUCAUGGACGCCCAGGAGGAGGCCUACCGCCUGCAGGAGCUGAGGCAAGGAGCCGUCAGCGAGCUGAGUCGUCUGCGAUACGCAGAGGAAGAACUGGUGCAGGUGCGCGGGGCCCUAAAGCAGGCGGAGAAGGACAUGUGGGCCACUUGGAGCUCCUCAGACGCCCUCCAGCAGUGGCUGCAGCUCACCCAUGAAGUGGAGGUCCAGUACUACAACGUGAAGAAGCACAGUGCCGAACUGCAGCUGGCCACCGCCAAAGAAGAGGCAGAAAGAAUCAAGAAAAAGAGAAGCUCCUUGCUUGGGACUCUGCAUGUGGCCCACAGCUCUUCUUUAGACCAGGUGGACCAGAAGAUCCUGGAGGCAAAGAACGCCUUGUCAGACGUCACCGCUUGUUUGCGGGAGAGACUUCAUCGCUGGCAGCAAAUUGAACGCGUGUGCGGCUUCCCCGUCAUCAGAAACCCUGGCCUGGCCAACCUGACUGCUCAGCUGUACUCUGACUCUUUGCCCCGAGGACAUGCACAGUCCUGCUCAUGGCACAGCUCUGUCCAUGGCUCCAUCGAGGAUCUGGUGGAGGAGUGUCCCGCAUCAAUACUUUCUGCAGUUCCAGGUGCUCCAAUUAAACCUUCUCCUCGAACUCACACUUCCACUCUACGCCGAACACGUCGUCACGGUAUUACGCAACCACCAACCACCAUGAUCUCAGACGACCCCGACCUUCUGAUCCCGAUUCGAACUACCUAUCCUUGUUUCGAUGAGGAUGAAGUAAUCUUCCGUAAAACUAUCAAGAAACAAGACUCCCAAGAAAGGUUCUCGGAUUCAGAUUAUACCACUUCACCUUCUCUUAGCAAAGCGUUCCCAUGUUCCUCUGCCGAGACCUCCUCUCGCAGGCUCUACCACGAUGAAACUGAGUCGCUUUCAGACACUUUGCCUUUGAGUAAGAAUUUGGAAGAUGAUUUGGAAUCUCCAAGUUGCAAAAUUUCUAUGGAAGAUCUUGAAAGUCUUGAAAGGAAGCAAGCCAAAGAUGUUCUGGACAGUCCUUUGGAGAGUUCUCCUCUGACGAUGUCGAAAGAUGAGUGUAGAAUGGAGGCUCCGGCAAGAAAGCCAUCCAGAGAUAAGAAGGACGUUCCAAUGGAUUUUGGCAUUAGAAAGGUCUCAUCCAAUGAGUUUGAUUCAGAAUUUCCAUCAAGGAAAGUAGACCGAGACCAAAGAGAGGAAGUUACAGACAAUCUUUCAAGGAGUCUACCUCGAGAUAGAAGUGAUUUACCACUAGAUUUCAGACAGAUUCUUUGGGAUGAAGUAGAAGCAUCAGAUUUCAGACAUAAAAUGUUAUCGAAAGGUAUGAUGGGGGCUUCAAUAGACUCUGUCUCAAGAAGGAUGGUGCAAGAAGGUCCUGAAUUUCCGUUUGACUUGGUGUCCAGAAGGAUUGUAAGAGAUUCAAUGGGAAUCUCCUUGGAUGGAGGAGCUAGGAAGCUUGAAUCCUCUGCACGGGGGAUAGGCAAAGAGAAGAUGGCUGAGGUAAAGCUCUCAAGAAAGAGCUCUCAAGAAGAGUUGGAGAGUUGUGAAGACACUGCUUCUCUGAAGACUCUACCCAGAGAGGCAAAAGAACAAGGGAUGGAUCGCACAUCUUCUGCAGAGGUGGUUUUUGAACCAUCGAUAGAUAAGUGGAUAUCUAAAGAGGAACGCAAGGUGCCUCCCAGAAAAAGAACCACACAGACGUCAAGAGAAGACGAGGUCACACCUGCAGGUAAAAUCUCCAAGGAUAAUGUUGAAUCACCAAUGAAAGCAGCGCGACAAAGAGUAGUGAGGGGCGAGUCAGAGGAAUCCAACUCAGUCCCAGGAGAAUCCGAUCAGCCAGACCUGACAGUGACCUCCCAAGAGCCAUGGAAGUCGUCAGUGGAUAUUUUUGCCGUGGGUCCUUUGAGCCAACUUGUUUACGAUGGAAUCCUGGAGAAGUCGUACAAGUCCAUGCCAGCAGCCCCAGAGAUCCUUUCCACCUCCACUCCUAACCUUCCCCAGUGCUCCCCCCAACGUCUGGCAGAGUCUGAGCCACCACUGGCACCUGCCAAGGUGACCUUCCAGACGUCAGCAGCCACCUCGUCUGAAGCUAAGGAUGACAGAAACAGAAAUAAGGAGAAAAGCAGGAAAUCCUUGAAGCUGAAAAAUCUUUUUAAAAAGAAGAAUGAAGCGAUUCCAGAGAAGAUUCAAAGUGGUCUCCAGAAACUCUAAGACUUGUCUUUGUUUUUCAUGGAACACUUUAUUGGAGCUUCAAAUG